AUGGAGACACUUCAUGUCGAAGGAGUCAAAUUUAUUUGGUAUUUACAGCGAACGUUUGCACCAUGGACGAAGCAUUUCCUCUUAAUAAGUCACGGAGGAGAUCCAAGGAAUUCCUUUUUGCUCUAUUUCCCGAUUGCGUACAAUUUUAACAGCGCCAUAGGCUUGAUGGUGCUUUGGAGCGCCGUUUUAUCUGAAUGGCUGAAUCUCAUUUUAAAAUGGAUGCUGAGAGGUGAGCGCCCCUACUGGUGGGUUGAGGAACACAUGAAGGAGCAAAAUAUUCACUUGAAGCAGUAUCCACUAACUUGUGAAACAGGUCCAGGUUCUCCCUCAGGUCAUGUGAUGGUUACUGCGUCAGUAUUGUGCACUCUCAUGCCGGCAAUUACAGCCAAGCUUUGCAAAUUGUUCAGAGUCUCUACAAGCAGUUUGACCCUGAUCAGUGUUACCAUACAAUCUGUAUGCUGGCUAAUAUUCAUAGCCAUUCUCGUUGUAGUUUCUGUAUCAAGGGUAUUUAUUGCUACACAUUUCCCUCACCAGGUCAUACUAGGGGCCUUGAUUGGUAUUCUGUUGUCUUUAUUAGUACAAAGAGAACAAGUUUCAAAAAUCACAGAUCUAAUCCCAUGCAUCUGUGUUGCAUUCUUCCUUGCUGUAACUGCCUUGUUCCUUUACGUUGGUUUGUCUUUUGUUGUGUUUGACCCAUCUUUAUCAAUAACUAAGGCUCAACAAUGGUGUGCAGACCCAAAAUACAUCCACUUAGACACAACACCCUUUUAUUCCUUAGUGCGGGACAUUGGUGUUGUUGUUGGUGUUGGGGUGUCGCAUUUACUGAUCAAGAUAUGGAGUCAGGAAGAUCCCUCCAAUGACAGUAAAUCAAACUUUAAGAGACUCAUACAGUCAUUUCUAUCUGUUGCUUGUCUUCAGUUGCUAGAGCAGAUGGGCCUGCCUCUAUGGAAUAGGAUUCUUUUUUAUUGUGCUGGGUUUAUUAAGAAUGUGCUGCUUGUUGUCAUUAUAGUUUUUGUUGUACCAUCCUUGUUGAGCAACAAGAGUGAUAAAUCAAAAUCAGAUUGAAUUAGGACUCUAACAUAUUCUUGCUUUAAGAUACUGUCAUAUCUUGUUUUGAUAAUCAUAUUUAUAUAAUAAAAGGGGAUUAUUCAUGGCAUA